AUGCCCGGUGUCCCUCCUGAUGCUCUUCAGCAAUUGAAGAAGGGUUUAAAAGCCAUUUUCUCCCGCAAAAAGAAGAAGGCUCAGAACAAUCAAAAUGAGCCUGCCCCGGCUGCGGACAAGCCUGUAGAACAGGCAGCAACCGCCCCCGCCGCUGGCGCUGGCGCUGCUGCUGCGGCGGCCGCUGUACCUGCCACAGAAGCUAAGCCAGCAGAACCAGCACCUGCUACCGAACCUAAGCCUGAACAAACAGCCGUAGCAGAUAAGUCAGCAGAGGCGGCAACACAAUCCACUGAGACGCAGCCUGGGUCCUCCACUACAACAGCUCCCGAAGCGAAGACAGAGGCUCCUGCUCCCGAGCCCACGGCUGCUGCUCCCGCUGUUCCGGAGACAACUACUUCCGCGACUGCCCCCGCGGAAACUGCCCCUGCUGCUCCAGCCCCGGCUGCUGAGCCGACACCUGCUCAACCAACUGCUGAAAAGCCCGCUGAGACCGCGGAGCCGCCUAAGAGUGGGUAA